GUGAACAAUCACUAUUGUUCAACAACAUUCGAUUUUCAAGAACACAGUCAUUAGCGACUUGCCCCCCAAGAAACAAAGUCAAAAGUAAAUGAUUACAUUUGCGAAUACAAGACUGCCUGCCUACUUAAUCUCUCGCUCUUUUGCUUUUUAUCCUCCUGCCUCUUUUGACCUCUUAAAUUUAUCGCAACUACGUACAUACAUCCAUAAACAGUUCCCUCUGUGUAUUUUUAUUAUUUCAUUGCUUUCAUUUUAUCAUCCGGACAAACCUCCCUGGAGGAGCAAUAACUAAUCUUGGAUAGAACCAUUGAUAUUCGACGCCCCUCAAGUUUGUGGAAAAGAAGUUUGGAAUCCUACCUAAGUAUAGCAGGCACUACCCUCAAGAUGGGACUUUCAAAGUUCCUCACGGUUUCUUUCUUGGCCGCCCGCCUAUUUUCUGGCGUUGCGGAAGCUAGCCCGACGGCAACGACUGAAGUACGAGAUGUAGCCAAUGCUGCCUCUAGCUAUUGGGUUGCCGACAUUAAACGCCAAGGUGUGGCCGCAUUUGGACAGCCUGACUAUAAGGUUUUCCGCAACGUCAAAGACUACGGUGCUAAGGGAGAUGGCACAACUGAUGAUACAGACGCCAUCAACAAGGCUGUCCAGGAUGGGCAGAACCGAUGCAUCAUGCACUGUGAUUCCCGAACCACUGCUCCAGCCCUCCUUUACUUCCCACCUGGUGUGUAUAUGGUGAGCAAGCCAAUCAUCCAGUCCUAUUACACCCAAUUCGUCGGCGAUGCGCUUGAUAUCCCGACGCUCAAGGCCACCCCGGACUUCGAUGGCAUGGCCGUCAUCGAUGCCAACCCUUACGAUUAUACCGUCGACCCAGCCGCAAAUUGGUACAUCAACCAGAACAACUUCUUCCGGCAAGUACGCAACUUCAUCAUCGACAUCAAGGAUAUGCCUAUCACCAAGGGUGCUGGUAUUCAUUGGCAAGUGGCCCAGGCCACUAGCUUGCAAAACAUCGUCUUCGAGAUGAACCCUGACACCAGCGAACAGAACGUGCAGAAGGGACUGUAUAUUGAGAAUGGAUCCGGUGGUUUCAUGGCCGACCUUACGUUCAACGGUGGAGGCAUCGGAGCAGACAUCGGCAGCCAGCAGUACACCUCUCGAAAUAUGACGUUUAACAACUGCAACACUGCUAUCCAUAUGAUAUGGAAUUGGCUUUGGUUGAUGCAAGACAUUACGAUCAACGGCGGAAAGCUUGGUAUUGACAUGACAAGCGACAGCCUCGAAACCAUCAAAGUCGGGUCAUUACUCCUUGUCGAUAGCAAGAUCUCGAACGUCGAAGUUGGCAUCAGCACCCUGUACAAGCCCGAUCUUCCGGACACCAAUGGUACCCUCAUUAUGGACAACGUGGACAUGACGCAGUCCGUCCCCACUGCCAUCAAGUAUGCGAAGGAUAACACCACCGUGCUUGAAGGAAACCAGAAGAUUGUUGGAUUCGCCCAGGGCCGUCAAUACACUGGAACAACUGGGAAGGCUGUCCAGACCAACAAGCAAAGUAUUCGCAAGCCCAAUGCUCUUCUCGACGGCAAUGGAAAGAUUUUCACGCGCGUCAAACCUCAGUACGAGACUGUCUCGUCCAGCAAAUUUGUUAGCGUAAAGACAGCGGGAGCGAAGGGUGACGGCAAAACCGACGACACUGCCGCGAUCCAGAAGAUUUUUAAUGAUGCCAAGGAAGGAGAUAUCAUAUAUUUCGACCACGGCGCGUAUCUAGUCUCCGACACGGUCAAGAUCCCAAAGAACAUUAAGAUUACCGGAGAAAUGUGGCCGCUUUUGAUGGCCACGGGUACCAAAUUCGCUGACCAAAGUAAGCCAGUACCUGUCUUCCAGGUUGGCGAGCCCGGUGAAGUAGGCAAUGUUGAAAUGUCCGACCUCAUUUUUGAAACCAAGGGAUCCCUUCCUGGCGCCAUCCUCAUGCAGUGGAACCUGGCAGGUUCUGAGAACGGUGCUGCAGGCAUGUGGGAUGUGCAUUUCCGUGUUGGUGGGACUGCCGGAACUGAGUUGCAGUCCGAUAAGUGUACCAAGAACGAGAAUGUUACAACCACUGCCAACCCUGAAUGUAUGGGUGCCUUCAUGAUGCUUCAUGUCACACAGACAGCCUCGGCCUACAUCGAGAACUGCUGGUUCUGGGUUGCCGACCACGAGCUUGAUCUCGACGACCACAAUCAGAUCAACAUCUUCAAUGGUCGUGGUGUGCUCAUUGAGUCACAAAAGCCUGUCUGGUUUUGGGGUACCGCUUCGGAGCACAGUAUCCUAUACAACUACCAGAUCUCCAAUGCCCAGAACGUUUUCAUUGGUGUGGCUCAAUCUGAGACGGCGUACUUCCAGGGCAAUCCCCAGGCUCCUGAUGGCACCACCGUUCUUGAAGGCUUCUUCGACCCGGACUUUGAAAAGUCGUGCGACGGCUCUUCGCAGACAUGCGCCCGGACUUGGGGUCUUCGCGUCACAAAUUCGUCGUCCGUAUAUAUCUAUGGAGCUGGUCUGUAUAGCUUCUUUAACAACUAUGGCCAAAAAUGUGUGGACGAACAGAACUGCCAGGACAACAUGGUCAGUAUCGAGGACUCUACUGGAGUUCACCUAUUUGGAAUCAGCACUAAGGCGUCGGUUAAUAUGAUCACCGUGGACGGCAAGUCUGUUGCUCUCGACAAGGACAACAGAAACAACUUCUGUGCCGCCAUCGCUAAUUUUGAAGUCAGUGCUGUGCCAGGAAACGAACCAGAACCGGGUAAUUCUGGAGAGGGUUCGACCUCGGCUUCUGUCGAAACUUCGACGUCAGCCUCAGGAACAGCCUCGCCCAGUACCAGUACAGCUCUCCCAACGUCAGGUUCUGACACCGGCCCCUCAGUUAGCAGCUCAUCCGCCAUCGAGACUCAGGUUACGGGUACUCCAGUACCAACACCUACAGGUAGCUACGUCCAGCCUGGUGUAGGUUCGAGUACCGAGACGGCAGUGGAGCCUGUGGUCACACCACCGAUUUCAUCAGAUACACCAAGUGGCAGUGCCGGCGGUGAUAAACCUGUGACGGUUAUUGUCACCCAAACGGUAACAGUACCGGGUUUGUGCUCCCCGGCGCCCUGAAGUACGGCUACUGGGAGCUAUACUACUCGGAGCUAUACAACGAGCACUACCACUAGAACAACCACGGUGACGUCCAGUGGCUGCGCGUCCAAAACGCCUCAUGUGAAAGAUGCCUGAGUUGAGCAGGGGUAUUCAUUCGCAAUAUUUCUUUAAUGAAGAGCUACGUUCAAGGUCCUCGGUCCUAUAUAUUCGCUUCUUUUGUGGCCCUAGUGGCAUUUACAUAGUUACAUUUUCAUUUGAUUCGGUGUAUGCAGGAAAAAAAAAGGAUAGCGAGGCAGCCAGUACAUGAGGAUGGCGGGCGUUCAGAUGAAUGAUAGGAUGCAUUUCGAGAUACCACUUCGUGCUCACGAGAUUAUUAGUACGUAUCUCGGGGAGGGAAAGUGACGGUCAAUAGGACGUCAAGGUGCUAAUUGCUCUGUAUUCAUGAAUAACCAAAAAUUGAUGUUAUGCCCUAUG